AUGGUGUUGAGAAAGGCUGGAGCAGAGUUAGCUGCAGGCUGCACCAGGAUCGUGAAGCCAUCACCCGAAACGCCAUUGGCUGCGCUGGUCCUUGCAGAUUUGGCCAUCAAGGCUGGCUUUGAAGCUGCUGCAGUGUUCAAUGUUCUGACAACUGAUCUGGACAAUACCCCAGGCCUUAGUGAGGCCCUUUGCAAGCAUCCACUUGUCAGCCAAGUCACGUUCACAGGUUCGACGAGAGUAGGCCAGGUCAUAACAAGUCACUGUGCCGUCGGCAUCGAGAAACUGACAUUAGAGUUGGGCGGCAACUGUCCUUCUAUUGUAUUCAACAACACCGAUAUCGAUCAUGCUGUGGAUUCUUCAAUAUCCCUGAAGUGGGGAAAUGCCGGCCAUGCGUGCGUCACCGCGAAUCGAAUCUAUCUUCAGACAGAGAUUCACGACCAGUUCCUGGGCAAGUUCCUGGAAAAAAUUGGCAAGUUAUGA